AUGAGGGGGAAUCAGAGGAAGGAGCAACAGGCAGCGAGGAAGAUGAUGAUUACGAAGAAGAGGAAGUCCUUGAUGGAGAGGAGGAGGAUGACAGUGAAGGAACCUGUGGACCGAAUUGUCUUCAAUGAUAUUCUCCUGAGAAAGUGCUACGGCGGGAAAGUUAAAAAAACAAUUCCAGUGAAGAAGCCUGUAAAACCUACGGAGGAGCUGGUGGAUGUGGACUUGGAUCAGACCAGCUGUGAGGUUUGCGGGGGUCAAGAUCGUGAAGAUCGUCUCCUGCUGUGCGAUGGAUGUGACGAUGGGUACCACAUGGAAUGUCUCACACCGCCGCUGGACACUGUACCUGUAGAGGAAUGGUUCUGCCCAGUGUGCAUCGCCCACAACCGCACAUCAGGUUCUGAACAAAUCAGUGAGGAGGAGAGCAGCUCUCUCCCCACCACCAGCCGUCGCCCGUCCAGACCGACCCACGCUAUCGCACGCACCCAGCACAGCGAACGAGUUCGGGCCAACGUCAACAGACGGCGCAUCACACAGGCACGCACUGCAGCACAGCUCGCUCCCAGAUAUAUGAUGCAGUCCACGUGGUUGGAUGAGACCAUCAAUGCUGUAGUGGCCGGAUUCAACACGGCUGUUUAUGUGCGAGACUUGACCCCUCGCUCCAAAUCCCGCCGGAGGAGAAAGACAGUUAAAAGAAGGAAAACCAAAAGCAAAUCUUCAGCAACCACAGGGGGAAAAACAAACAUGGGAGUGAAGAGAUGGAAACGCAAAGUGAGGAAGUCAAAAUUGAGAAGAAAACUGGUCAUAAAGAAGGAAACCAGUUCCAGAGGUCGUAUUGCACGGAGUUUAGGCAUUAAGAAGCCCAAGUCUGGCUCCAUGAUUCCUUCAGUUUAUCAACCUUCAGAGUACAGUUUAGGAAGUAUGCGGGCCGAAAUCGGAGCAGCCUCUCUCUCUGUGUAUGGAGAUCCCUUUGACCUGGACCCCUUUGAUGAUAGGGAGGAUGAGAUUCAAGUUCCGACGCCAUCCUCUGUUCUGGAUGCUAAACGCCGUGGCCUCUCCUGUUCUGCCUUGCGAUCCCAUCAGCCUGUGGCCAGACCCAUAUCUGCCGGACUCUCCAGGGGAGGUGUGAGUGUCCCACAGGUGGAAGAUGUUGCAGAGGAAGCCCCAGUAUCAGAUCUGCUGGGAAGCAUCCUCAGUGGUCAAAGCAUGCUCCUCAUGGACAGUUCAGAUGUGGUCAUCAACAGAGACGGUUCCCUCAAAGCAACCAAACCUGUGUCCCUGUGCUUGCCAAUAAACACUCAGGGCUCAGGAGAAACAGGAGACACACCAAACUCAGAAACAAGUCUCAUUCAACCCUCUGGAGGGGCUGGUCCUUCCUCUAGCCCCUUGAGGAGGCCCCCACCAGCACACAGUUCCCCUGGGUCCUGUUCCACACCACAGAAUUCCACAUCUCCCCCUAUACACUUCCCUCACCUUCCUCACUCUCACCCUUCUCCCUUGGGACAUCCCCAUUUGCUUGCGGGAGCUCCUCAUAGGCCGAUCACCCUAAACCCACCAAGACCUGGGAAUAGCCACUUGAGCACCAAUGGGAUUAGAAGUCAACCCCUCUCAAGGGUGCCAAAUGGCCCUUCUGACUCUCCCCAUCAAGACAAGGAAGGUCCUGUCCGACAACCACCUGUCAGAAAGCCCCCUCCCAAGCCUGUAUGGGUGGAUGUUUCUGUAUUGCCAAGGAUACCAAAAAUUAAAAGGGACAGUACCUCCAGUGCGAAUAGUAGCAGUGGUAGCAGUACUUUGCCUGGGUCUUCAGCUAACAGCUUAGCAGGCAAUAGGGAACGUACCGUUGACCAGCAAGGUACGGGUGGGAGUCAGCAAAACAGGACAGUGGAUGCUCAGAGGCAAAGAGCAGACAGUACUGGUGCUUCAUCUUCAUUUUCUAGCUCUUUCACCUCCACUACAUCAUCUUUUAGCGCCUCUUCAAACUCACGCCCGUCCUCUUCUUCCAUCAGUUUCCGUAUAAACUCUAGCGGAAACCCCUGGCAAGCUCAGCGUCUUCCUGCAUCAGGAGGGACUCUGCCUGGAGGUGAUGAGGAAGCAAUAAAGAGGAAUAAUAAAAGUAAACGGAUGCUGUUGUCUUUAAGAGCAAAAGCCAAAGAGGAGAAGAGUGAGGUCUAUGAUCCCUUUAACCCUACGGGGUCUGAUUCCUCUGAUAAUGAACCAGAAAAUGAGGGUCCUGAUAUUAGCGUCCAAAAUACUGCACCUCGGGUGCCAAUUGGAUUCAGUGAGAGUGCCUGUCAUCAAAUCAAAUCUGAGCCUCUGGAUGUACACUCCGAUACAGAGAGAGGCUUGGAAAUGUGUGCAGAAGUUAAAGCAGAGCCAGAGCCUUUGUGGGACAGGCCAUGUAAAGAAUCACCCCAUCAUUCAGACAGUCAAGCACCCGCAGGAGGUCCUGCUUUGGAUUCUACUAGUUGCGAAGAAGGCAUGGAUACUGGAAGUGGUGGAACUCCAGGAAGCCCUUUUCAGAAAACCGAAGAGCACUCCAGAUCAAGCUGGUCAUGCAGUGAAAUAAAUGUUAAGGUGGAGGUAAAGUCUGAACCUGAGACUGGAACUCUACCCAUCAGACCCCAAUCAAAGUCGCUAGAAGAUUCUCCAGUCAAUCUGCAACAAGCUUCUAAAGGAAAAGGAAACGGGGUGUGUAAAGAGCUGCCUUCAGUCAGUGGUGCUUUUAAUUCUUCUAACAUAGCUAAAGACAAGGAGGAAAGACCUCACCAGUCCCAGUCCAAAGAUAGGAAGCGGUCACCAUCAAACUCGCAAAGCCUUUCAUCUAAAGACUCUCAUAAAAAGAAACACUCAAAGUUGAAAGAAAAGAGGAGGUCACGCUCAAGGUCAAGAGAUCGGCAGAGAUCUCGUUCGAAAUCCCGCUCAAGAUCGAAAGAAAGGCGACGUCUGCGAUCAAGAGACCGGAGGUGUUCCUCGAGUUCCAGCAGUAGAGAAAGGAAGACGAGCGGGAGAAGAGCGAGUCAUGAGAGAAAUGACAACCGAGGGAGAGAAAGACGUAGGAAGAGGUCAAAAGAAAGAAGGCGCUCCCGAUCCCGUUCGUUUUCUAGAUCUAGAGAAAGGAGGAGAAAAUCAACGUUUCAGGGUGAGACAAAGUUAAAGAGGCAGAGGUCAAGAUCAACAUCUAGAGAGCGUAAACGGCGAGAAGAACGAUCAGAGAUUUCUCGGCGUACUGAAAGGAGCUCCCAUAAGUCUGCAGAGCCCAUGUCCACUGAAUUACAUGAGUCUGCUCUUCGUGCAAACAAGACUACCACGCCUGUGAAGACAGAGCGAGAUGCAAGACCACAGGAGUGUGAGACGACUGUUGUAUUACAAUCUGUUAAACAAGAGACCACCCAGUCAGUUGAGAUCACAGCCCAUGGACUUGAGUCAUCAAGACAUGAUGACCCGACCAGAACACUUCAAGAAAGCGAGGAUGAUGUUUCACUUGAGCUGCUUAAGCCUAAUGAAGUUAAACAGGAAGAACCUUGGCCCACUGGUUCUGUCAAGGAGUUGAAAGACAUCAAAAAGGAGGAAGACGUCUGUCUCAACUUGUGUGGAGAAUUAGAUGGCGUUAAAAAGCUAAAGAAAGAAGAGAUGACAUCUUUAGACAUCUUCAGCCUGGAAUCACCAUAUGUUAAUGAAAUUAAAUCAGACAGUGCUGAUUUAGAGAAGAGCCACGCUAGCUUACAGGAUGAGAUGAAAGUACAAGAAAUGGUGGUUGAGCCAAAAAAGAUAAAAAUUGAAAAUAUAUGGCCUGAUGAAGAUGAUUCACCAAGCUGCAGUGACAACCCUCUUGUCAUCAAUUUGGAUACGCCUGCCAUAGAUGCAGUGAACUGUAUAAAGGAGCCCACUGAGUCUUAUCAUUCGCCACUUUUGGACGAGGACAUGGAGAUGUCACCUCUCCAACCGCCAGAUCCGCCAAUAAAACAAGAACUUGGUAUUUCCUCCGAUGAAGAUAUCAGUGUUGAUUACUUGAUUGAUAAUUUGGACUUCAUUAAGAAGGAAAUGAGUGAGAGCUCUGUGGCCGACUCAACAGAAGCUGUCGACCCCAAAUCUGCCGUUCCAGAGACUCCAGCAGGGAACAAGCAAACUACAGAGAUUGUUACGGCUGGUGCAAAGUCUAAAUCGCAGGGAAAACGAGUUACUUGGAAUCUGCAGGAACAAGCAGAACCCCAGUCUGAGAAUUUAAGCAAACUUGCACUCUUCAAAUUAAAAUUCAAGCAAGAAGGGUCGCGAAGGUCUGCUACAACCCCACAAAAUCAGGAUAAAGCUUUAUCUCAGGCUGAACCAAAACUUAUGGCAUCAGUCUCCAGCCUAUCUCCCCAAGAUGAAUCCAGCAAACCAAAAUCCCACAAAGAAGUUUUACAGGACCCCAAUCAAAAAGACAAGUAUAUAAAGAAACUUCAUAUGCAAGAGCGAGCAAUAGAGGAGGUCAAACUGGCCAUAAAGCCCUUCUACCAGAAGAGAGACAUCACAAAGGAAGAGUACAAAGAGAUUCUGAGGAAAGCCGUCCAGAAGGUGUGUCAUAGCAAGAGCGGUGAGAUUAACCCGGUGAAAGUAGCCAACCUGGUCAAAGCCUACGUGGAUAAGUACAAACAUGCAAAAAAACACAAGAAAGAGGAAACUGUGCAAAGCCAACACACAGAUUCCCAAACUCCAAUGUGAGGCCGAGGGUAACGGCUACAUUUCAGAUGAUAUCUUAUAGCGAUCAACAGUAGAUUUCAUUGUUUUUUUAAAAAUCUGUGCAUUUCUACAAUGCCAUGGGAAACUCUUAAGGGCUCGUCAUCUUGUCAUCAGUUGUCAAAUGAACCUUUUUGAAUGUUUCUAUGUUUUCUUCUGAACGUAAAGAUCAUUUGAAAGUAUCUGGGAGUGUCCGGAUACAGAAUGGGUUGAAAAAUCUUUAAGUUUGCCAUUGUUCAAAGCAGCACCCUCUUCAAGAGUGUUGAAUACCAUGCUAUUUUAAGCUGAUGAUCCAACAGGAAGUGUAAGUUGUUAAACAGGCUCUUGCAUUGUCAGACUAAAAAAUGACAUGUUUGCAUAUAUGUAUGCAUCAUAUAUAUACACAAACACAAUACUCUUGAACCUGCCAUUCCACCAUGAAUAAUUGACACUGGAGAGCACAGUACAUUUUUUUUUUUUUUGUGGUUAAUGAGAAUAUAUAAGCAUUAUGUUGAGGAACAUUAGCAGGAUCGUACAUGCAGAAGAUCCUCUGGGAUGUUCUGUGUCUCUCAGAAAACCAUCAAAGAGUAUUUAUUCGAAUAAAAAUAUCAUUUUGAUAUCCAGUCUUCAUGAGACUCUGGAAUCAGUUUGGUGGACUGAUUUCUUUAAAAGCUUUUUGUUUACUAAUAUAGCUAAAACAGGAAAACUUGCAGUAGACCUCACCCUCGUUGAAAUAGUUUUGUUGUAAAUAGAGAAAUAGUUUUGUUCGCAUGACACGUGAACGGCUGUAAUGUAUCUUUUCUGUUCAGUUGAAAAGACUAUUUUCAUUUUAAAACCUUGUCAGCUGAGUUUGCCAAUUG